AUGGGAAAAGAUACUAAUUCAGCUCAUGCAUAUUCUGCUUUGUGUUGGGAGAAUCGGAAGAAACCUGAAGGUCAUGUUGACACUGUCAUUGAAAAACUUACUCCAAAACAGAUUGCUGAUAACUGUUUGAGACUAAGUGUUUCAAUAACAAUUGUUCGAUGGCUUACAUUUCAAAAAUGUGCAUUUAGGGGACACGAUGAGAGUGCAACAUCACUAAAUCAAGGGAAUUUUUUAGAGAUGUUGAAACUAAUUGCUUCCUAUAAUAAAGAUGUACAAAAAGUUGUGUUAGGAAAUGAUCCACAAAAUGCUCAAUAUAUAGCUCCGGACAUUCAAAAGCAAAUUUUACAAAUCUUUGCUCAAAAAGUGCAAAAUGAAAUUCGCAAGGAGAUUGGUGAUUCAAAUUUUUGUAUCAUUGUUGAUGAAUCUCGAGAUGUAUCAAAACGGGAACAAAUGGCUAUUGUUAUAAGAUUUGUUGAUGGGUAUGGGAUUCUGCGAGAACGGUUUUUGGAGUUGGUACAUUUCAAGGAUACUACUUCCAAGACUCUCAAGGAAGAAAUCACCACAGUUUUGUCUAAUCAUGAGUUAAGUAUUCAAAAUCUUAGAGGUCAAGGAUAUGAUGGAGCCAGUAAUAUGCGCGGGGAGUGGAAUGGUUUGCAAGCUUUUUUUAUAAAAGAUUGUCCAUAUGCAUACUACGUGCAUUGUCUAGCACACCAACUGCAAUUGGCUCUUGUUGCUGCUGCAAGAGAAGUGUUUGAGGUUCAUGAAUUUUUUAAAGAUUUAAUAUUUAUUGUGAAUGUAGUCAGUUCUUCUUCUAAGCGUCAUGAUGAAUUACAAGAUAGACAAGUAAUUGAGUUAGAACACUUGGUUGAAAUUGAGGAGGUUGAGACUGGUAAAGGGUUGAAUCAAAUUGGCAACUUGAAACGUCCCGGGGAUACUAGAUGGAGUUCUCAUUUCAAGUCCAUAUGUAGCGUUGUAAAGAUGUUCAAUGCUACUCGUUCUGUCCUUGAGAAAAUUGCUAUUGAUCAUCAAGCCACUUGUUCUCAACGCGGAGAUGCCACUUAUGCUCUUAAAAAGUUAUUGGCUUUUGAUUUUUUAUUCAUUUUACACGUGAUGCAGGAACUUAUGGGAUAUACAGAUGCACUUUGUCGAGCUUUUCAACAUAAAUCAAUAGACCUUUUAAAUGCUAUGGAUUUAGUUGCGAGCACAAAAUCUUUAAUUCAGAAGUUAAGAGAUGAUGGAUGGGAAAAUCUUUUACAGAAAGAACUCAAUAGUCGUUUUAGUGAGCAAACAACGGAGCUGCUUAUUUUAAGUAGAACUUUGAAUCCUAUUGAUGGUUAUAAGCACUUGAAUGUGGAAAAAAUUUGUCGUCUUGCAGAGAAAUACUAUCCCGGUGACUUUUCAGAUCAUGAAAAAUUUCAUUUGAAGUAUCAACUUGAGUUAUUUUAUUGUGAUGCUUCUAAACAUCCAGAGAUGAAGAAUUUGUGCACUAUAGCAGAUCUAUGUCGAAGUUUGGCCGAAACUGGGAAGUCAGAUGUCUAUCAUUUAGUUGACAGAUUGAUUAGACUUAUUUUAACACUUCCUGUUAGUACAGCAACUACUGAGAGAGCUUUUUCAGCAAUGAAAAUUGUCAAGACUAAUUUGCGGAAUAAGAUGGAAGACGACUUUCUUUCAAACUACUUGGUUGUGUAUAUAGAAAAAAGAAAUUGCUGA